UUCACUUCCUGAAUAAUUUCCUUUAAUAUCACAGCUCUGAUAGCUCAAUGGAGUUCAGAAUUACACCCAUCUUCACAUUUCUCUCUUUGGCCCUGGUCCUGGUGACUAGCUUUGCUUCUUUACCUUCUGAUCCAGAGGCUUAUUGGAAGUCUGUGCUGCCCAACACUCCCAUGCCAAAAGCAGUUAAAGAUCUUCUACACCCUGAAUGGAUGGAAGACAAAAACACUGUUGUUAAGGUAGGGAAGGAUGCUGUAGACAUAGAUCAUGAUCUCUCGGUUGCUCCAGGGAAUGCAUACGAAGCUGGUGCAACAAUGGACCAACUCCAUCAACUUGAAAAUUUUACUGUUUACUUUCUAGAGAAUGACAUGAAGGAAGGCACAAAGAUGAACUUGCAGUUCACCAAAGCUACAAUUGAAUCUGCUUUCUUGCCUCGCCCGAUUGCUGAAUCGAUCCCUUUUGCAUCCAAAGAAUUGCCUGAAAUUUUCAAGAAAUUUUUGGUGACUCCCAAAUCAGUGGAAGGUAAAACAAUGAAGAAGACAAUAAAAAAGUGUGAGAAGCCUGGUACUAAAGCAGAGUAUUGUGCCACUUCUUUAGAAGAAAUGAUUGAUUUCAGCACUUCAAAGCUGGGAAAAAGAGUUAAAGCCAUGUCCACAGAGGUGGAAAAUGAAACUCAGCUGCAGAAGUUUAGCAUUACCGGGGUGAAGAAGAUGGCAGGCGAAGAGACCGUUGUGUGCCACAAGCUGCCCUAUGCAUAUGCAGUGUUUUACUGCCACAAAAUAAGCAACACCAAAGCUUAUAAGGUUUCCUUGGAGGGUGCCGACGGUACGAAGGCUAAAGCAGUAGGAGUGUGCCAUUUCGAUACUUCAGCUUGGAACCCAAAGCAUUUUGCAUUUCAAGCGCUCAAGGUUGAACCAGGAAUUGUUCCAAUUUGCCAUUUGUUUGGUGAAGAAGACAUUGUCUGGGUUCCCAAGGUGUGAGCGAAAAAAACUAGAAAAAUCGUUCAUCUGGUGCGGUUUGGACUCAUGAUGCAACGUCUUAGAGUCUCUUAAUAGUUAAUCUUCUGUCCAAUAUGUAAGAGUACUGAUGCUUUUGUAUGUGUGUACGUGUGUAUGUGUAUUGCAUUAAAUAAAUGAGGAUGAUAUGAUGCAUCUU